UGAAAAGGGCCGAGACACUUCUUAGGUUUGAUGAAUUUACAGACAAGGUCUGGUGGAACCCGCCGCUCUGGUCUCUUGAGUGUUGGGAUCACUAGUGUGGCCUCCCCACGCAGACCCCAGUUGUUUUACCUCUGGGGUGGGGGUUGGAACCAGGAAGAGUGUCUCUUGAGCGACAGGGGUGGCUGGAAUGAGCCUGAGCUCGGAAUAGGGAGCUUAAGACCUUUUUGAAGGUUAUUGGCACCAGAAGACAGGAGUUAUACUCAAGAGGAUAGAAACUCGGUGUAGCGAUGCAUGCCUGUGAUCCCAGCACUCCAGAUGUUGAGAAAGGGCGGCUACGGGGGUGGAAUUUUGUCUUAAACAUACACAGAAAAUCUCCCUGUUGUGCCCAACUUCUCAGAAAAGUUGACUGAGGCUGAAGCCUCUAAUCCCAACUCUUAGGAAUGGAGGCAGGGGCAUUGUCUGAGCUACAUAGAGAGAUGCCGGCCUUUAAAAAAAAUACCCACAGACAUUCCACUCAUGGUGGAAAGCCCAGAAGUGGUUAAUGUAAUCCCCACUCCCAGCUACUCUGGAGGCUGAGGAGAGGGCCUGCAGGCACCACCUAGCAGAAAAAGCAUGAGGAGACCCAUUUUGAAAAGAGUCCCUGUUAUAAUGAGUAUUUCAAAAUGAAUGUAGGUGAAGGUUCAUUAUUGACAUAAAUUUAAGCCUUUAGUGAAGCCUACUGGGGCAAGGUUCAGCCUAAGCAGGGAGCCAGCUUGGUGGUGGAGAGUGGCCUGUGUGUGCCUCCCGGAUCACGUUGCUGUUGACCAGCCUGUCCUGCUCUAUGACAUCUGGUAGACAAGAAACGCAGAAGCCAGAGAAACAGACACGUGGGAGCCUUGGGGUCUGUGCUCUGAGACACUACUACAGGGGAAACAGCCACUCUGGGGCGCAGCUCCGUGACACAGUCCUUGCUUAGCAUCUCCAAGGCCCUGGGUUCCACCCCUGGCACACGAAGAGACAAACCCAGAGCCCAUCCCAAAGAUAAUUUCAAAGAAUAAAGACAGUGGAAGGUGGGUGGAGUAGGCAUUUUGACAAUGUUUAUUUGAUAUUUUUCAGAGUGGCAAACUCGUAUAAUGUAUAAACUAUAAGCACCAGACACCUUUAAAGCUGAGGCCGAGCACCUUUCUCUCCUGGUUUCCCAUUUCUUACAAGAGGGGGAAACUAGGAAUUGUAGGACAUCUGAGAUAGCUCAGACACUAGUAAAGAAAACAGCCUACUGAAGUGACUCAUGCUGUCACCCCAGCAUUUGGGAAGCUGAGGGAGGAGAACAGCUGCCGUGUUUGAAGCCAGCCUGGGAUGCACGGCCUCGGAAAACCAUGGCUGCUAAUAAAGGAAUGGCCAUAGGCAUCGACCUGGGCACCACCUACUCGUGUGUGGGCGUGUUCCAGCAUGGCAAGGUGGAGAUCAUCGCCAACGACCAGGGCAACCGCACGACCCCCAGCUACGUGGCCUUCACCGACACCGAGCGGCUCAUCGGAGAUGCGGCCAAGAACCAGGUGGCCAUGAACCCCCAGAACACUGUUUUUGAUGCCAAACGUCUAAUUGGCAGGAAGUUUAACGAUCCGGUGGUGCAGUCGGACAUGAAGCUUUGGCCAUUUCAAGUCAUUAACGAAGGGGGCAAGCCCAAGGUGCUGGUGUCCUACAAAGGUGAGAAGAAAGCCUUCUACCCCGAAGAGAUCUCGUCCAUGGUGCUGACCAAGAUGAAGGAGACUGCAGAGGCUUUUUUGGGCCACAGUGUCACCAAUGCUGUGAUCACGGUGCCGGCCUAUUUCAAUGACUCUCAACGCCAGGCCACCAAAGAUGCAGGUGUCAUCGCAGGACUCAAUGUGCUGAGAAUCAUCAAUGAGCCCACAGCAGCUGCCAUUGCCUAUGGCUUGGAUAAAGGAAGUCAUGGAGAGCGACACGUGCUCAUCUUCGACCUGGGCGGCGGCACGUUCGACGUGUCCAUCCUGACGAUCGACGACGGCAUCUUCGAGGUGAAGGCCACGGCGGGCGACACGCACCUGGGCGGGGAGGACUUCGACAACCGGCUGGUGAGCCACUUCGUGGAGGAGUUCAAGAGGAAGCACAAGAAGGACAUCAGCCAGAACAAGCGCGCCGUGCGGCGCCUGCGCACGGCCUGCGAGCGGGCCAAGAGGACCCUGUCGUCCAGCACGCAGGCCAACCUGGAGAUUGACUCUCUGUUCGAGGGCAUCGACUUCUACACGUCCAUCACCAGAGCACGGUUUGAAGAGUUGUGUGCAGACCUAUUUAGAGGCACCCUGGAGCCCGUGGAGAAGUCUCUCCGGGACGCCAAGAUGGACAAGGCUAAAAUCCAUGACAUUGUUCUGGUGGGCGGCUCCACGCGCAUCCCCAAGGUGCAGAAACUGCUGCAGGACUAUUUUAAUGGACGGGAUCUCAACAAGAGCAUCAAUCCCGAUGAGGCGGUGGCCUACGGGGCGGCGGUCCAGGCAGCUAUUUUAAUGGGUGACAAGUCUGAAAAAGUACAAGAUUUGCUUUUGUUGGACGUAGCUCCCCUGUCUCUAGGAUUGGAGACGGCGGGCGGCGUGAUGACUGUUCUGAUCAAGCGCAACUCCACCAUCCCCACCAAGCAGACGCAGAUCUUCACCACCUACUCGGACAACCAGCCCGGGGUGCUGAUCCAGGUGUACGAGGGCGAGAGGGCCAUGACGCGCGACAACAACCUGUUGGGGCGAUUUGACCUGACUGGAAUACCCCCUGCACCUAGGGGUGUGCCCCAGAUCGAGGUGACCUUUGACAUUGAUGCUAAUGGAAUUCUCAACGUCACAGCCAUGGACAAGAGCACGGGCAAGGCCAACAAGAUCACCAUCACCAACGACAAGGGCCGGCUGAGCAAGGAGGAGAUCGAGCGCAUGGUGCAGGAGGCCGAGAGGUACAAGGCCGAGGACGAGGGCCAGAGGGAGAAAAUUGCUGCCAAAAACGCCUUAGAAUCCUACGCUUUUAACAUGAAGAGCGCCGUGAGCGAUGAAGGUCUGAAGGACAAGAUCAGCGAGUCUGAUAAAAAGAAAAUACUGGAUAAAUGUAAUGAGGUCCUCUCCUGGCUGGAGGCCAACCAACUGGCUGAGAAAGAUGAGUUUGACCAUAAGAGAAAAGAGCUGGAGAACAUGUGCAACCCCGUCAUCACGAAGCUCUACCAGGGAGGGUGCACCGGCCCCACCUGCGCACCGGGGUACACACCCAACAGGGCUGCCACAGGCCCUACCAUCGAGGAAGUGGAUUAGCCUUUUCUGGAACCACAGGGUGCUAGGGAGCCUCUAGGUGAAUCUUAUUCACCUUCAAACAUCACUCUGACUCUGGAACUGACUGGACUUGAGCCUACGUCGCCAUCCUUUGGGACUCUGAUGGGGAAGUCUGUACUCCAUCUUCUCAUGCCCCCACCCUCUGUCUAUGACUCUGAAAUGACCUUUAGGAAAACCAGGCCCCUCUUGGAACCAUUUGAAGAAUUUGGAUGUCUGUUAUUUAUGAGCCACACCCCACCUUUCUCCUUCCUGUGUGGAUGGUUAUUUGUCUCUCAGUAAAGUUGUUCCCAAAGGAAAUGA